AUGGGCGAUCAAGGUGCAGCAUCUACCAUCAAUAUACCACAAUUGCCAUUUAAACAGGAAUCAGUCAGUGAUACUAGCCUGCUUAACAACACGUUUAGUUUUGAGGAAGUAGCUGGAACCAAGUUUGUUGAAUUGCUUUCCCGUAAUCUAAUCAGUGCCUUAUCAUGUACCGGGAACAUCCAGCAUCCUGAAAGCCUGUUGUGCAUUGAUAUACCAUAUUUUUGGUGCAAUUAUUGCUCGUACAAGACGAUACAGAAAUCGGAAAUGUUAGAUCACUUGCACUGUCACAGGUUCCAUUGUCAAUUUUGUGAAUUUUCUGCUUUUACGCGAUGUGAAGUGUUAAAACACAGUAAGAACAAUCAUCAAAAUGAAACAAAUUUUCGUUUAUUUUGGUUUUGCGUCCUUAAUAGCGAUCAAAGCUUAAUUGAAGAAAACAACAGAACAAAUCAAAAAGCAGCACUUGCUAAUUUAAAACGCCCGCUUAAACUAGAAGCUAAACAAAGCGAGGUUGUACUUUUGAAAAAGAUAAAACUUGAAAAGCCUGACGGAGAAUUGCUUGAAACUUCAGUUGAAGUGCCGCACUCAAAACACAAUGAUCUACCAGUGGAUUCAACGUCUCUUUCUGAUUCACUUGUUAUUCAAAGGAUGGAUCACUUUAGAAAUACGUUAUCACAGUUAUCUGAUGAAAUGAAUGAUUUGUCAGGUCAUGCUGAUCCCUAUGACACCGAAAUGACAAAAGCUGCCCAAAUACAGCUAAAAGACAAUAACAUAUCUGAAAACACGCAAGGUUCAUACUUACGAACUAUUUUGACAACAGAAGACAAUUCCAUUCCAACAAGUGAGCCUCUUGGGAAUACUCACAAUGUGCCAGCAGAGCCUGUCGUUAAAAUGGAAAUUGUAGAUGAUUCGUAUGUUGAUAAUCAACCCAACUAUUCAAAAGUUGCUGAAGAAAAAUCUCUUACCACAUUAUUGAGGAAGGACGAUGUAAAUCGACAGAAAUCAUCAUCACCAGGUCCAGCCAAUCUUCCGAUUUUGCGGACUAUGCUGCAGUGUCCAGAAAUCUUGUCAUCAUCGACAGCUUCAUCUGUAUCUGGUGAAGGAAGUCAGGAUGGAAUGACAUCGGGAAAUAAGAAUGAUUCUGUAGAUUCGUGUCUUACUGACGAAUCAGAAGACGACAAUGACGAUGAUGAUGAUGACGCCGAUUAUAUGCCGACUAAAAAUUACAGUUCUGGUGAGGAAUGGUCGUACACCAAAAAAGGCAAGGGAAAAAAGCGGAAAAAGGUGGCUGUAUAUUCCUGUCCGAACUGUAGUACGGUUCAAUUAACAUUCCAGCCAACAAAGAAUCAUCUUUUCCGCGCACACCCUAACGCAAACCUGGUGCUUCGGGAAGAGAUCUCGAACACUUAUGUUUUCAUUUGUCCAUCUCUAAGGUGUAGAUUUCGUCAUUCGAUAUUUACAACUUUCGUGCGCCAUUUGGAAAAGUGUGACAUUUUUACUGAGAAAUAUGAUAAUGAAGAAGGGUAUGAUGUGAUGAGCACCUUAUUGGCGACGUUUCGAAAUGUCCUAGAACGAUCUAAAAUUCCGUGGAUGUAUGCCUGUUGUUUGUGUACUACUAAAUUUACGGAUUAUUCAAAUGCUGUAUCUCACGCUCAUACAAGACAUCUAACCUGUCCGUUGAGUGGUUGUUUAUUUAAAUUAAGAAAUAAAACGGUUGUGAUUUACUGUAAGCAUUGUAAAGCGGAGGUAUCCGUUUCGAAUUGGUCAGUAUUGCUCAACAAAAAUUGCAAACAUCACAAACUCUCUGAAGCCAAUUUGACCCUGGAUCAAUCGUCACCAGCUACAAGUUCGCUACCUUCCACGUCCACCUCCCAACCUCCAUCGAAAGCAGACUCUACUCCUCAGCUACGAGCAAUGUUACAACGGAAAACGGAACAAGGCACUGAUGCAGAUGGAGAUCGGUCCCGUGGAGCAUCACCGGAUGGUGAAAAUCUACCAGCAUCUAGAAUGUUGCAGUGGCUGAUGACUGAAGGUGGUCGCAUGAUGCAUUUGUUGAAAUAG